CGCCGCCCUCCACCCGCCCCGGGGUCUCUUUCCCCCUUCCUCCUCCUCCUCCUCCACCCCCCCCUUCCUCCUCCGCCCGCCCGCGGGGCCCCCCUCGCCUUCCCGCCCGCCCCUAUUGUUCCGCCCCCGGCCUCCCGCCCUUCCCCUUCCCGCCCGCUCCCCUUUUCCCCUCAGUCGCCUCGCGCCUGCAGUUUUUGGCUUCACCCCCACCAGUGACCAAAGACUUGACCACUCAAAGUCCAGCUCCCCAGAACACUGCUCGACAUGGACACCGGUGUGAUUGAAGGUGGAUUAAAUGUCACUCUCACCAUCCGGCUACUUAUGCAUGGAAAGGAAGUUGGCAGUAUCAUCGGAAAGAAAGGAGAAUCAGUUAAGAAGAUGCGUGAGGAGAGUGGUGCACGUAUCAACAUCUCAGAAGGGAAUUGUCCUGAGAGAAUUAUCACUUUGGCUGGACCCACUAAUGCCAUCUUCAAAGCCUUUGCUAUGAUCAUUGACAAACUGGAAGAGGACAUCAGCAGCUCUAUGACCAAUAGCACAGCUGCCAGUAGACCCCCAGUAACCCUGAGGCUGGUGGUCCCUGCUAGUCAGUGUGGCUCUCUCAUUGGGAAAGGUGGUUGCAAGAUCAAGGAAAUACGAGAGAGUACAGGGGCUCAGGUCCAGGUGGCAGGGGAUAUGCUCCCCAAUUCAACUGAGCGGGCCAUCACUAUUGCUGGCAUUCCGCAAUCCAUCAUUGAGUGUGUGAAACAGAUCUGCGUGGUCAUGUUGGAGACUCUCUCCCAGUCCCCCCCGAAGGGCGUGACCAUCCCGUACCGGCCCAAGCCGUCCAGUUCUCCAGUCAUCUUUGCAGGUGGUCAGGACAGGUACAGCACAGGCAGCGACAGUGCGAGCUUUCCCCACACCACCCCGUCCAUGUGCCUCAACCCUGACCUGGAGGGACCACCUCUAGAGGCCUAUACCAUUCAAGGACAGUAUGCCAUUCCACAGCCAGAUUUGACCAAGCUGCACCAGUUGGCAAUGCAACAGUCUCAUUUUCCCAUGACGCAUGGCAACACCGGAUUCAGUGGCAUUGAAUCCAGCUCUCCAGAGGUGAAAGGCUAUUGGGCAGGUUUGGAUGCAUCUGCUCAGACUACUUCUCAUGAACUCACCAUUCCAAACGAUUUGAUUGGCUGCAUAAUCGGGCGCCAAGGCGCCAAAAUCAAUGAGAUCCGUCAGAUGUCUGGGGCGCAGAUCAAAAUUGCGAACCCAGUGGAAGGAUCUACUGAUAGGCAGGUUACCAUCACUGGAUCUGCUGCCAGCAUUAGCCUGGCUCAAUAUCUAAUCAAUGUCAGUUUAGAAAACGCUAAACCCUCCUCCCAGGCAGCCUCCGUCACGAUCCCUGAUCACCUCAGCAUCAACCUCUCUCAACCCUCCACCCCUUCUUCUUCUUCUUCCUCCUCCACCACCACCCCCUCGCUCGCCACAGCGGGGACCUCCGACGCACCCUCCAGCCUCCCCAACCCUCUUCCGACCGCCCCUUGUGUCUCCAGUCUGCUUGGCAUGAAACCCAUCCCUCUCCUGGCUCUAAAUGUUGUGUCUGCUGCUAAGGGUACCGGGGCUUCAGCUACCACCACCACCACCUCUGCCGUGCCAUGUGUAACUAACAAACUGAAAGGCGAGAAACAGAGAUUCUCCCCCUACUGAUUGAAUAUCUUGAGGCACCCCCUCAAGUAUUCCUUGGUUUAUUUUGUUUUUCUUUGUUAACAUUGGUGAGAACCAAACAAUUGUGAGCUUGUGACCGUUUCCUUUUUACUAUUUUGGGAAUAACAGGGUGGGGGUGGGGGCAAUGGUAACCUGGGGUUAGGUUUAGGCCAUUUCAUCGGAGUGCCUGUUUCAGAGUCUGACUUGUUGAAUUCUUUAUCUAGAGCCACAGUUCUUGCUCUUCUUUUUCAUUCUGUUACUUUUUUGUAGCUUUAUUCUGCAUUGCAAUAUAACAAUGUGUUAGGCUCUGUGUUAAUGAAUAAAAGCUUCUCCGUUAA